AUGCUUGUAAAACAUGGACCACUUACAAACACCAUCUCCAACUUCUCGAAAGAUUCCAUCAACAGUGUCUCCAAAAAAAUCUUACACAUCGCUUGGGAAGACAGGCGAACCAAUAUCAGUGUACUGGAUGAAGCAAAGAUCACCAGUGUUGAAGCAAUGAUUCUUCAACAUCAACUUCGUUGGACUGGUCAUGUUGUGUGGAUGCCUGAUUAUCGUCUUCCAAAACAACUGCUCUAUUCUGAACUUAAAAAUGGAAAGUGUAAUGUUGGUGGGCAACGAAAGAGGUUUAAAGACAAGGCAAAUCUUUUUAAAUGUAGUAUAUACACCGACAACUGGGAAACACCGGCCGGCGAGCACUCCAGUUGGAGAACAGCCUUUACCAAAGGUGUCAUGGACUUUGAAGACACUCAAACUCAGAAUGCAAGGGAGAAAUGUGCUAGGAGGAAGGCACGCUUGGCAAAUCCACACUGUGAUCAACUCCCGCCUGGGAACCAAUGUCCCCACUGUGGAAGGACACGUGGGUCCAGAAUUGGCCUCCACAGUCCCUUACAGACUCAUUGUUAA